GCAUAAAGCCAAACGUUUUGGCUGUGCUCUUCAGUAGAUAAAAGAAAGAAAGACAGCUAGAGCGAUAGAGAGACAGUAAGGGAAACAGAGGUAAAUGUAAGAAAGGCAGAGACAGAUAGAGAGACAAUAGGAAAGAUAGAGACAGAGAGACAAACAGAGCGACAGAGAGAGACAGGCAGAGCGAUAGGAGGGAGGCGGACAAAAGAGACAGAGAGAUAAUUGCGUGUGUGCAUGUUUAUUGCGACGCACAUGUGAGUGGUUAUUGUAUUGAACGUUCGCAUUUUCUUCAUCCCAUCCUCUGUCGUAUCUUUUCUCUCCUCUUCCGCACACACACACGCGCACGCGCGCGCGCCUUAUGCUUUGACAGAAUUAACAAGAAUCUGGUCGUGUGAGAGACAUCGUGCUGUAACAUUCUCUAUUUGCUGCUGUCGUUUCCUCACGUUUUAUGCGAAUUACAAACCAAUAAUCACAUCGAUAGCUUCGAUAUAUCAUCGAAACCAAUCAACUGUUGUACAAUAAUAAUAAUAAUAAUAUAUUUGCGCGCAUGUGUAUGUACGAUCAUGCGUGCUUCUAAGCACUCAACAGUAUUUUCAACUGUUAGUUCUAUUCACGUUCAUAUAUCCAUAGUUUCUCACGCUCUCUCACUCUCUCUCACUCUCUCUCUCUCUCUCUUUCUCUCUAUCUAACAAUAUAUCCAUACUGAUAUACAUACGCUCGUAUGUAUAUUCAUAUAUAAGUAUAUAUACGCACACAUUCAGAUCUGUACAUGCACACACAUGCACAUUGUGUAUACGUAACUCGAUGUAAAUACUCACAACUGUACCUCUCACCCUCACCCUCGCCCUCUUCUUCUUUCAUUUUCUCUUUUUCAUUCUCUUUCGUUUUCUCUCUUAUUCUCUCUUAUUUUCUCUCAUUCUCUCGUUCUCUCAUUCUCUCGUUCUCUUGCUCUGUGUCUUCACCGAUAAUACAUAAUUAUAUACACUUGUACCCAGCAUGCUAUAAUAAACUUAACAUACAUUUCACAUGGAAUAAUCAAAGUCACUUGUAAUUCUUGGAGACAUUCCUGCAGCUGGAAAAGAAAGGAUAAACCCAUCACUACCGACUUCGCUUCUGCUGUCAACUCUGUAUUUUACUGACCGUUCUUGGAUAUAUCGGCGGCGACACAGAGUUGAUUUCUCCAGCACUCCAAAUAGAAGCCACAUUCCACUCUCAGCUCCACACUCCACUCCACCUUACAUCUUCUACCAAAGCUGUUUAAUGCUUCUAUUGCUGGCUCCAGUCUUCCAGUAGAAUCAUCCGACCAUGAGCGAUUGGGGAGUAAUUGUUCUGGUUGUCAUAGUGAUCGGUGCCUUGGCUGGAGGGAUUGCCAUGUUACUUCGAUUGUACGGCAUCUACAACCUAACCUCUUGCUUUGCCUAUGGAGAGGAGAAAGCAGUUCUAACGAAGAACGAACAUUACAAUGGCUAUAUGGUGAGCUCUGAAAAUGAUUUCGUCUUGGACACCAGUGGUAAAUUCGUCCAGUACGACACGCUUCAAAGCGACCCAAAGUACAUGAAUAUGGCUAAUGAUUCCCCACCCCGGGAAGAACAGAGCCCUGGGGGCAGCCCCAGCUCUCAACCAUCAACAUCUGUAGCUUCUGACUUUGAACUCGGUCAUGGCAUCAAACGUGCUGAAUCUUGUGAGAGCGUUGCCUCCGAUUGUUCAGUCUUUGAUAUGCAGCCAGACAUGCCGAAAAUCGGUCAGUUAGAAUUUGCUAUUGAAUACGACAGGGAAGUGGCUGAGCUGGUACUUAGUAUUAUUCAAGCCAAAGACUUGGAGCCGAAUCAGUUCACAGGAUCUUUGGACACCUACAUACGGGUGAUGAUGCUUGGGGACAGAACUACCAAGUUCUCUACCAAAGUCCAGAAGAACACAACUGACCCAGUGUAUAAAGAACGGUUCCUGUUCAAUGUGGAAUCGACCCACUUGGAAUCAAAAAUCAUUCAGUUCCAGGUGUUUUCGGUGGAUAAAUAUGCCAGACAUAAAGUUAUUGGUGAAAGUGAGAUUAAAAUGGGAGACAUUGAUUUAAGAGUACCAAUAAAAAUGUGGCUGAAUCUCAGAGAUUUGGACGAGAGACAUGCCGAGUUUGGAGACAUCCUGUUUUCCUUGAGCUACCUCCCAACAGCGGAACGGUUAACCAUUGUGAUUGUGAAGGCCCGUAACUUGAAAUGGAUGACAAGCAAAGAUAUUGGAGAUCCGUUUGUGAAAGUCUAUCUUCUUCAAAAUGGUAAGAAAAUUAACAAGAAGCGAACAACAGUGAAACGUUCUGAAACAAAUCCUAUUUUCAAUGAAGCUAUGAUAUUUUCUGUACCAGCAUCAGCUCUCUCGACUGUCCAACUUCGUAUCACAGUGGCUGAAGUAAUGUCAGACAACCGAACACCAUCUUUGGGUCAUGUGAUUGUCGGCAAUAGCACCUCUGGAACGGAAUUAUCUCACUGGAACCAAAUGAUGACAUCUCUCCGUAAACCAGUUGCUAUGUGGCACAAUUUAAGAAAAUAAACUUUUAGAAGAAUUUUUA